AUGGCUUCAUCACGCUACCCGACCCAGAGGUUGCUUUGCACGCUGUGGUCGAAACAGCGGUGGGCGUCUUCCACGGCCAGCUUCCUUCCUCCGCCGAAGCGGCGCUGGUCACCGCCUUCCCGGCUUCCAGCGUCCCUUGGGUUUGCGUCCCCGGAGCUGCGAAAGUCACGGAGUCCAAAAGAACUCAACCGCAGAGCGGGGCCCGGGCCUUCGGCACCGAAAAAGACGAAGACAGUGCCGCCGGAAGCAUCCCCGAGGAAGAAAGGCGGAAAGAAGCAUAGACAUUCAACAGACUUGGAGGAGUUGUCCUCGCCCUCACCUCAGAUGCCGGCAGUUCCCAGGUUUGGGCAGCGCCAGGCCAAAAAACUGGCGCAAAGGCCUGUUGCCGCUCUACCCAGAACUCCUCAGUUUUUCGUCCGCUUCGGCCCACCGAUGACAGCAGAAGAUCUCACACAUGACGCACCUUCUGUGCUGGUGGAAUCCCGGAAGCUGAUCGAUGAUGUCUUGGAGCGGCGCGACAAGCUGCAGUCCGCUCCGGACUACGUGGCACCGGACACGCCCUUUUGGCGCGUGCCUGCGAAGAGAAGAAACAAGAAAGGCCCCAAGUGGGAGUUCCAUCCGCAAGAUGCAGAGGAUGAAGGCGAAGCAGCCCCUGAGCAGCUCCAGGGCAUUGUGGACCUCGGGAGAAAUCCCCUUGGCCGGACUCCGGGGGGCCGCCGCAGGUCCGAGCCGCUGUCCCCAAGCAACGCCACCUCCAAGCUGCUGCGGGCAGACGAAGAUCGCCCUGCCGAGGCGGAUGUGCCCCAGGGCCCCACAGAGCCGGAGUUGCACAGAGAGUUGGAUUCACCGUUGGACGAUGCCGCUGCGGGUGCUGCAAGUGUGGUGGAGAGUGGAGGAGCGACCCGGCCUUCGCGCCGUCCCGAGGACAGCCUAAUCGCCGCUCUACGGCGAAAGGCCACCGAGUAUGCGCAGACCGGUGUGGACCCGGAGCUUCUGCAGAGCUUGUCGGAGGCUUUGCAGCACCAUCCGGGCACGGAGCGGGCGGCGAGGCUGCGCGAGAUGCAGAGCUGUGAAAAGGACUUCGAAGCACUGGUGAUGGAAGGAAAGGCAUCCGUCGCCAACAUCAACGAGCUCAUUCGAGCGCAAGCGCUGCAAGGCCGGAUGGCAGAUGCCAUGCAAACGCAUGAUGCCAUGAAGCUUCAUGGCUAUGCGCCUGAUGCUGAGACCUUUGUUUCCCUCCUGGCCGGGGCGGCGCAUCAGCGAAAUGCCGAUCUUGCAAGGAAGCUCUUCUUGAAGAUGCGGGAACAGCUGAUUUCUGCAACCCCAAAGGUGUACGCAACCUUGAUUCAAGCUCAUGUCCGUGCAGGUGACACUGCAUCGGGAUAUGCUCUGUUGCGAAAGAUGGAGGACGAAUCAAUUCAGCCCGAUGUAGUAGUCCACACUGUGCUCAUCAACGGACUGGUGAAUGAAGGGCGAAUCGAGAGGGCUUGGGAGGAGUUUCAUGCGGCCAGGACCUGGAAGUUGAUUCAGCCUGAUGAGGUACUGUUUACUGUUAUGAUCAAAGCCUGUGCGAUCAUGCAAGAGGCAGAACGAGCUCUGAACCUCCUGGAUGACCUUCGGACGUGUGGGCUAUAUCCGACAGACAUCACCUACGGGGAGCUAAUCCAUGCCGUUUCUACUACGUCUGACCAUGCGCGCAAGGCUUUCGAUUUCUAUCGGCAGAUGCAGGCUGAGGAUCUGCCCGUGAGCGCCUUUGUUUUUGAGCACCUGCUGCAAGCCUGCAGGCACUUGGGAGAUGCCAAGCGAGCGAAAGCUCUCGUUGAAGAAAUGGGUGAGCAACAUGUCGUUCUAAGCCCUGUCAUGUACAAUCAUCUGGUGGGCCUUUUUGCAACAGCAAUGCGGCGGCCUCACGUGUCAGAUGUGGAAAGGCUGCAAAACCUGCGCCAUGCAUGGGGCGUGGUCUCUGCUGCUCGUGAGGCAUAUUCAGACAAGCUUGACUGGACGAGCUUGUUGAAUGAGAUCGUGGGUGUCUAUGUGGCAGGAGGAUUUUCUGAUUUCGCCAUGGACAUGUUGCCGCAAUACGCUGUCUUCGGUGCAGAGCCUGAUGCGGAGACCUGGGAGCAUUUGCUGCGCAUGCUUGGGGAGAGGGACAUCGGCCGCUUCUUCACGCUCUGGAACAGUGUCCCAAAGCCGCUGCCGGAG